AUGAAUGUCGAUUGCAGUUGCCCCAAUAGAGUGAGAGACAUUGCUGCGAGGUUUAAUAUGGACCACGAUGCCGUCCUUAAUGUUCUACAUCCUCAAGCCUGUACGAGUGAACAUCAGAUAGAGCUAUUGGGCUUUGUGGCAGCCAAAUUUUAUGAGGAAAGAGGGGCCUUCAAGCUUUUGAUUAUUGACACCAUCGUGGCUCUGUUCAGAGAUUACUUCCCAGGCCCAGGUCAAUUGGCAGAGAGGCGGCAGAAACUGGCCCAGAUGCUCUCCAGGCUGAAAAAAAUCUCUGAAGGUCUGAACCGGCACUGCGUUUCUUUCAUAGGAGUGUGGAUGCUAUCGCUGCUACCGUAUAUUUUAAUCUGCAUAGUUUGUAAUGGCAUUUCAACGCCAGGUGGCACAGUUACUUGAAGUUGCAGAGCAUAGGGAGUAACGGGGAGGCGGUACGGAAGCCCGCAGUAGCGCCAAAUCAAGCAAAUCCCGUUCGAUACGAUGGAAUAAUGUACUCUUAAAGUCUGAAAAACGUGCCAAAAAUGCUAAAUACUGCCUUUAAAUAAAGAAAUCCAAUUAAUAUUAUGUCGAACUUAGUUCACCCUUUUGAUCCGGCCCUCCAUAAUAUUUUCUGGUUCUCAUGUGGCCCUAUGCAAAAAAAUAAUUUCCCACCCCUGGACAAACAGAUAAAUAUUUCAUCGUUUGCAAAGUUAGCUGUUCCAAAAUUUAUUUUUGACGACUACUUCAUAAUUUUGUUCCAUGUUCCAGUGUAUUUAUUCAAUCUGUCACCUUGUCAAUGAUUUUACACAAUAAAACUGAGAUAGUCUUCAAUGUGACACAA